UGAAUGGGCUGCAUGCCCCUCUCUCUCUCUAUUGGGCUAGUUCUGUCUCUAGCGAAUGUCAUAUUGGGCUGGCUGCUCGCCCCCAAAAUGGCCGAAUGACACCGAGCCCAUCCCGGCAGUCUUUUUUCCAGCCUAUCCUGAGUAAAAAAAGAAAUUAGAGAGAGGUUGGAAUGGACACUGGACUUGGACCUAAGACCACAAAUCAAGCAGCAGGCCUUUGGAACACGAAAAGGGCGGUCAGAUUAACGCGGCAAAGACUUGGUCAGUUGCCAAGUUGGUCCGCCAACUGCUGCUGCUACUAUUUGUGAGCGCCUCCAUGGCCUGAGCUCUGACCAGGAGCACACCUCCAACCUUUCCUUCCCACAAUCACCUCCAACCUUGGCUGUCCUCAUCGCCUCCGAUCGUCCCCUCCCGCCUGUGCAAAUAACACUCGAGCGCUGAUGUGGUUACGUCUGUAGCCGGCGAGAGCAGUCGAGGGAACCAUCGCAGCGAUGGCGGAGAUGGUCGGGUCCAUCGUCGUCGGCGAGGUGGUCAGCCGGACCUCCUCCUUCCUCAUCGGCCGGCACCGGGACCGGCUGAGCGCGCGGGAGGGCGUCGAGAGGCUGGAGAUGGCGCACAUCCGGAUGGAGGCCGCGCUGGAGGUGUCCGCCCGGUGGCGCGCCGCGGACGCGCCCCUGCUCCGGUGGCGCCGCAGGCUGCGCCGCGCCGCGGGCGAGUGCGACGCCGCGCUGCACCGGUGGAAGCUCCGGGAGCUGCAGGAGGAGGCCGCCCGGGAGCGGCUGGCGCGGGCGCCGCUCCCGGGGCGCGUCGCGCACGCCAUCCUGUGCUUCGUCUCGGCGCUCCUGGCGCUCGCCCGCCGCCGCGGCGGCGGCUGGGACGAUGCCUCCCGCGCCCGCGCCGCCGUGGAGAGGUUCGAGAGGCUGGCCGACGGCGCCGCCGAGUUCCUCAGGUGCGUGGAGUUCAACGCCGCGCCGCGGAAGCGGAGGCUGCUCAUUGGCCCCGCCGUCGGGGAGCUCGGCGGCGGCGUGGAGCGCGGCAUGCUGCGGGGAGCUGGAGCUCGGCACUGUUUCCUGGGGGCCGCUGGAUCGGAGAGCCCGGCGGAAGUUUGGAUGGGAAGCAGCAAGCCUUGGCGCGGUUACGGCAAGCGUAGGGCGUCCGGGACAAAAUUGCUCCUGGUGUGAACAAUGGAGCACGCGAUUGGGUUCGGUCAAGUCGUCAGAGUUCAGAUCACAGGAGGUUCGAUCUGCCUGGAGCUAGCCGUAGUCACACUCACUCCAUUUGACGUAGUCACACUCACUCCAACUUGUAGAACGUGGAUGGUUCAGCGAGUCUCUGGUAAAAUCCGGGCGUGUGCCGUGUUGUCUACGACCUCUGCUGAAUGGAUAGAGAAGUGAAAAGAUGCAGCUGGCUCUUCUGGUGUAAGACAUUCAGGCUGUUCAAAUGAGAUUUUUUUAUUUUUUAAAAAACUAAUUAAUCUAGCAUUUCCAAUGUGCACGGACCAACUUGCUAGUUGAUUAGUACGUUACUGUUUAUCCAGCCGUUUGAAUGAUCAUGGCUGCUAUGCAGAUGAUGCUUGA